UUGGGUUGACUCUCGCCCCUUCGCCAAACCUGACGAGAAUGAGCCUGCAUGCCAUUCCAAGUCAUUUAAACAGGUUUAGGCCACUGUGCAUGGAUUACGUUGCAAACUAGGGUGGGGCUUUUAGAUUUGAUCAGUAAAAAAAGUGUAGCCUACACAAACCCAUACGGUAUUUGGACGCCUGACCGCUUCUAUCACCACUGUCUGUUCUGUUUUGUCGAAUAUGUUUCGCUGUGGAAUUGCGUAUCCAAGAUGCAGGUGGAUCGUACCACUUCUUUUGCUUUUUGCGAUUAUAUUUGACAUUAUUGCAAUUGCUGCUACUUCGGGGUGGGUUGAGGACAAGGACGCAAAGUCCCACUACGCAAGUAUGUGGAGUCAAUGCCGUGGUCGGAAUGACAACUGGGAAUGCAAAUCUCUCAUGGAAUUCUCUUGGGCCCAGGCUGUGGCAGCUCUUAUGAUCAUCGGCCUCAUCAUCCUUAUCAUAGCCUUCAUCAUCUCCUGUAUCGCUCUCUGCUGCACCCUCAACAUCAGCCUUCUGCCUGUCAUUGGGGUCCUGCUCUUCAUCACUGUGGUCCUUCAGUUCAUCGGCCUCAUCAUCUACCCAGUCAGGUUCAAUGACCUGAUCUUCGAGGGCCACUACGACUACACCUGGGCCUACGGUUUCGGCUGGGGGGCCACCAUCCUCUGCAUCGGCUGUGGGAUCCUCUUCUGCUGCCUGCCUCGCUACGAGGAUGAGCUCACGGGCCUCGCCAAGACCAAAUACAUCUAUACCUCAGCUUAGAGGAACCACGGACACCCCCAGGCUACAUCUCAAUAGUCUGAAGUGACUUCCCUUCUCCUUAUCUCCUUCCCUUUAUCUUCUUUUUCCCUUCUCAUCUCCUUCUCUUCUCUUCAUCUCCUUCCCUUCAUCUGCACUGAGGAAAACAACACAGGACAGUGAAAGCAAUAUAGUAGUCAUCUACCAAGAAUUUACUUUCACCUGCUCAGGUUCUUUCAUAUCAGCCAGAUAAAGGAAAGGAAGCCCACUUUAGACUAUUGAGAUGCAGCCCCAGGCGAACAGAAGCAUCUCUGCCACCACAGAGGACACUGACACUUAGACAUAUCAUUGGAGGUCACUUUUGUCAUUUCUAACAACGCUGAAUGCCCUCUCCGUUGGAAGGAUCCCAUAGAUGUGCCCUAUUUCCGACCCUAUACUGAUCCCCAUAUUGAUUUCAGUGGUCCACAUGUUACCAAAGGAGGUUGCCAGGUAUGGCUAUUCCAGUGGCCUUUUUUCUAUCACCUUCAAUGUUUUUCCACAUUUGAUGUUUGUGUAGAGUAGUGACUCGGAAGCAAUAUUGCAGAUUAUACAUAAAAAAAAUGUGCAUAAACCGCCAUAACCUUAUCCUUAAAUUAGUUGAAUGCAAAAUCACAGAAGUGCACUUAAUAUCAACGGUAAGGACUCCAUCCAAGAGUUGAUGGAUAAUGUCAAGCGUUCUAACCAGCUGAGUUAGAGGGCGUAUGCCCUACACACAAAGCUAAUGUAUUUGAUUGCAGGAUUGUUGAUGUUUUAAGAUGUCGCUUUUCAAAAAUGUAUUCACUUUAAUCCUAAUUUUAAUGGUUCAGGUCAUUUCCUGGCUAAACUGAAUUGUAAGUACAGUAGGGAAAAUGUAAACAUGAAUGUAUACUGUGUAUGGUGCAAGGAAAGAGGCAAGUGUUAAUUUGCUUUUAUUCGAUUAUUUUAAGAAUUCUGUUUCUAGUCAUUGUAUUAUGCAACACACAGCUGUGUUUUAAGAUUUUCUGUUCUUUUUUUACAUUUAAGUUCUUACUCCAACAAGGACAAUGCUCUUGAUUGCCUAUGAAUGGGUAUUGCUGGACUGUGUUCUUGAUUGGGUAUUGCUGGACCGCGUUCUUGAUUGGGACAUUGUUCUUGAUUUGCCUAUGAAUGGGUAUUGCUGGACAGUGUUCUUGAUUGGGUAUUGCUGGACCGUGUUCUUGAUUGGGACAUUGUUCUUGAUUUGCCUAUGAAUGGGUAUUGCUGGACAUUGUUCUUGAUUGGCCUAUGAAUGGGUAUUGCUGGACAGUGUUCUUGAUUGGGUAUUGCUGGACAGUGUUCUUGAUUGGGUAUUGCUGGACAUUGUUCUUGAUUUGCCUAUGAAUGGGUAUUGCUGGACAUUGUUCUUGAUUUGCCUAUGAAUGGGUAUUGCUGGACAUUGUUCUUGAUUUGCCUAUGAAUGGGUAUUGCUGGACAUUGUUCUUGAUUUGCCUAUGAAUGGGUAUUGCUGGACAUUGUUCUUGAUUGGCCUAUGAAUGGGUAUUGCUGGAUUGUAUUGUUGUGAAAACUAAAACAAAUAAAGGAGAAACAUACAUUUGGCCUGGAUUCAAUCUGUAGAUUGUGGAUUCAAUCACCUAUACAUUUAAACCGCGCUACAACGCUGAUAUUCGGCACUGCAGAUUGAAUGUCCAUUCCAUGUGCUGAUAAUGGUAACCAACAUGAAGCACCCAAACACAUAUUUUUAGAUAUACAGUUCAUUCAGCAUUUGACUUAUAAAUGCUUAGAGAAGACAAUGUAGCGUCUUUCAACAGCAUCAGGUGAUGAGUCUGCUAUAGAAGACUAGUGUCAUGUCAUACUCGGACGUGCCUUCAUUUUUCAUAAUUGCAAAAUGUGUGGUUGACAAUGAAGGGGACAUUCUAUGGACUCAACUCAAGUCAUAUUUCAGUUGGAAUGGAAAAUGUCAUAUCAAUAUUCUGGUGAUAAUCUUUUGGGUUUAUUUAGUCCUUUUAAAUAUAUAACUUUCAGCAGUAUCUUUUUAUGCAAUAAAGAGUUGUUUUUAUAUCAA